GCUGUCGGGUUGAGUGAGGAAGAGGCCGAGCUCCACUUGAAGUUUUAGCUUCUCGGGGGAGCUAUGGGGGGAGUCAAAACUCUCAAAUCCCGGCAGAAGAGAGCCAGACGAGGUCACCGAAUGUAAAUGUCGCGGGGGUUCGGCUCUGCCGGGCGAAUCGGCUGGGCGGGGUGGGGCCGCGAAGCCGCAAAUCACCAGUUGAGGGCCAGAGAGCGCGCCGCCGGCUCAGAGCCGAGCCUGCCGCCGCCGGGCCAGGCAGCAGCCGGAGCGGGGCAGCCGUGCGCACCCGCCAGCCGCACCGGCCUCUCGGCGGACGCCCGCGGACCAUGAGCCGCCCGAGCUCCCGGAGCAGCUGCGGUGAGGUGCAGGCAGCCCGGCGCUGAACCGCAACCCCGGACCUCGAGCGCCGCGCGGGGAGAGUUAAGAAUCAUGGCUGCGGGAAAAUUUGCAAGCCUUCCCAGAAACAUGCCUGUGAAUCACCAGUUCCCCUUGGCCUCGUCCAUGGACCUCUUGAGCAGCAAGUCCCCUCUCGCUGAGCAUCGAACCGAUGCCUAUCAAGACGUGUCCAUACACGGCACUCUUCCACGGAAGAAAAAGGGCCCUCCCCCCAUACGGUCCUGUGACAAUGCCAGUCACAUGGGCACCCUCCCUCACUCCAAGUCUCCGCGACAGAGCUCACCUCUGACCCAGGACAUCAUCCAGGAAAACCCACCGCAAGAUCGGAAAGGGGAGAGCUUCACCUUCAGGGAUCCAUAUCUUCUGGACCCAACUCUGGAAUACGUGAAGUUCUCCAAGGAGAGGCACAUCAUGGACAGGACCCCCGAGAGGCUCAAAAAGGAACUGGAGGAGGAGCUGCUGCUGAGCAGCGAAGACCUACGCAGCCACGCCUGGUACCACGGCCGGAUCCCAAGACAGGUGUCUGAAAACCUUGUGCAGCGGGACGGGGACUUCCUGGUUCGUGACUCCCUGUCUAGCCCUGGAAAUUUUGUCCUGACCUGUCAGUGGAAGAACCUCGCUCAGCACUUUAAGAUCAACCGGACUGUUCUGCGGCUCAGCGAAGCCUACAGCCGUGUGCAGUACCAGUUCGAGAUGGAGAGCUUUGACUCCAUCCCUGGGCUGGUUCGGUGCUACGUGGGCAACCGGCGGCCCAUCUCCCAACAGAGUGGAGCCAUCAUCUUCCAGCCCAUCAAUAGGACAGUGCCCCUCUGGUGUCUGGAAGAGCGUUAUGGCACCUCCCCGGGCCGAGGCCGGGAGGGUAGCCUUGCUGAGGGGAGGCCAGAUGUGGCGAAGAGGCUGAGCCUCACCACAGGCAGCAUCCAGGCUCGGGAACACAGCUUGCCCCGAGGAAACCUCCUCAGGAAUAAAGAGAAGAGUGGCAGCCAGCCCGCCUGCCUGGAUCACGUGCAGGACAGGAGGGCCUUAACCCUCAAAGCUCACCAGUCGGAGAGUCACCUGCCCAUAGGCUGCAAGCUGCCCCCCCAGUCUCCGAGUAUGGACACGAGCCCUUGCCCCAGCUCUCCCGUGUUCAGGACUGGCAGCGAGCCCACUCUGAGUCCAGCACUGGUACGAAGAUUCUCUUCGGAUGCUAGGGCAGGGGAGGCGCUUCGGGGAUCAGACAGCCAGUUGUGCCCCAAGCCACCCCCAAAGCCCUGCAAGGUGCCCUUCCUCAAGGUUCCCCCUUCUCCAUCUCCCUGGCUCAACUCAGAGGCCAACUACUGUGAACUGAACCCUGCUUUUGCGGUGGGCUGUGACAGAGGAGCCAAGCUUCCGUCACAAGCUCAGGACAGCCACGAGAUGCUGCUGACAGCCAAACAGAAUGGGGCAUCGGGUCCCCGGAACUCUGGCAUCAACUACCUGAUCCUUGACGGGGAUGACCAAGUGAGACCUUGGGAUCCACUGGCAGUGCAGAUGGAUGAGGGUCAGGAGGACAAGACCAAGUUUGUGCCACCUCUCAUGGAGACCGUGUCGUCGUUCAGACCCAAUGACUUUGAGUCUAAGCUCCUUCCUCCAGAGAACAAGCCCCUGGAAACGGCCAUGCUGAAGCGCGCCAAAGAACUGUUCACCAACCACGACGCCAGGGUCAUUGCGCAGCACAUGCUGAGUGUGGACUGCAAGGUUGCUAGGAUACUAGAAGUCUCUGAAGACAUGAAGAGGAACAUGGGUGUGAGCUCGGGACUGGAACUCAUUACCUUGCCUCAUGGACGCCAGCUGCGCCUGGACAUUAUUGAGAGACACAACACCAUGGCCAUCGGCAUUGCUGUGGACAUUCUGGGCUGCACAGGCACACUGGAGAAUCGAGCGGGUACCCUCAAUAAGAUCAUCCAGGUGGCGGUGGAACUGAAGGACGCCAUGGGAGACCUCUAUUCUUUCUCAGCCAUCAUGAAAGCCCUGGAGAUGCCUCAGAUCACAAGGUUAGAGAAAACAUGGACGGCUCUGAGGCAUCACUACACGCAAACAGCCAUCCUCUACGAAAAGCAGUUGAAGCCCUUUAGCAAAAUCCUACAUGAAGGCAGAGAGUCUACGUAUGUCCCAGCCAGCAGUGUAUCAGUCCCACUGCUGAUGCCUCUGGUGACCUUAAUGGAACGCCAGACUGUCACUUUUGAAGGAACUGACUUGUGGGAAAAAAAUGACGAGAGCUGUGAAAUUCUGCUGAACCACUUGGCCACAGCCAGGUUCAUGGCUGAGGCUUCGGAGAGCUACAGGAUGAACGCUGAGAGGAUUCUGGCAGAUUUCCAACCGGAUGAAGAAAUGACUGAGAUCUUAAAGACUGAGUUCCAGAUGAGAUUGUUGUGGGGCAGCAAGGGAGCUGAAGUCAACCAGAACGAGAGAUACGACAAGUUCAACCAGAUCCUAACGGCCCUCUCACGGAAACUGGAAGCUCCCGGUGGAAAGCAGGCUGAGCUCUGAAAACUGUCUGGAGGACCUUGGGGCACUACCUGGAGCUUCUCCAGUCCCGCUGGGAAUGCUUAUCAUCUGAUAAAGUAAUAACGUGCAAAAGCUAACAAGAUACAAGUUGUUAAUAUCCACAGGAUAUUAAAUGUGUAAAUUGCACAGAGCACACUUAUUUAUGAACUGUUUAAAAUUACUACUGAUUUUUAAAUGAAUGGUAAUUUAUUAUUAAGAUAACUAUUGCUAAUGUUGAUCAGCAAAUCUAAGACAUAGCUGUGUUGCUGGUUGUUUAAUAUCAUGGCAUUUGACCAUCUUAGUUUUAAUUCCUUGUCAGAUAAAUGUAAAUAGAGGCAUUUAAAAGAAAAGCAUGAACCAUGGAAGAAGGUAUCAGUUAUAUGAUAUUCUUUGAAUAUGAAACUGUAAAUAAUCAUGAAUGGAAAUAUAUCUUUUUGUGAGAUAAUUGUAUCCUGUCUCUUUAAUACUGACUCAACUGAGCAUGACAAUUCUAACUCCUGGGUUCUCAGGAGCUUUCUUCCCUAUCCCCAUAUUAAACCAAAAUUUACAAAAGUG